CUUGUCAAAGUGGUCGGGUUGGCUGGUUUGUGGUGCAGCUGCGUUGAACGUUAACACCAACGCCAACCCCAGGGGAGACUGCCGGGCCUACGUGGAGCUGACCGAGCUGAUGAAUGACCAGCAGAACCAGCAGGGCUGGCAGGAGAGGGGCCGAUGGGUGGGCUAUGAGGAGAGCUACGACCCCGAGGCCGGGGGUUGGGGACCCUCACACAUCUCCUACCUCACCUUCAAGAGCCUCAUCCAGCUGCGCCGCACCAUGAACACAGGUGUGGUGAUGCUAGACCGGGUGGAGCGCAGUCUCUCCGACAUCGCUGAGAAGAUCGUGGACGAGUUGAUCAGCAAGAAAGAGAUCAGGCCCAGCGAUCGGGAUGGAGUGCUCCAUUCCCUGCUCCAAAACCGCAGCCAAACUGCAGUAGAGGGCCAACCCUUGGUCAGGGGGGCGGAGAUGCAGACCUUUUCUGUCAAAGAGAGGAGAGAUGCAACUGACACUGUAGAGGCCUCUAUGGUGCUUGUUGGAGCUCUGGACUUCCUGGAGAGGCCCACGGUGGCAUUUGUGCGUCUGAAGGAGGCUCUGGUUCUGGAUUCGGCCCUGGAGGCCCCAGUGCCAGUCCGCUUCGUCUUUAUCCUGGUGGGCCCCACCAAGAGUGACAUGGACUACCACGAAAUCGGCCGCGCAAUGGCAGCACUCAUGGCCGACAAAGUGUUUAACCAGGCGGCGUUCCAAGCGCAGGGCGAAAGGGAGCUGAUGGACGCCGUGGCUGACUUCAUGGACUGCAGCAUCGUGAUCCCUCCCACGGAGAUCCAGGACGGGGCGAUGCUCCAGUCCAUCAUCGGCUUCCAGAAGAAACUGUUGCAGGAAAGGCUCCGUCCCUCCGACCCCGUGUUGCGUCUGGACUUGAAGCCCCGCAAAUCUUCCAAACCAUCUGGGCCUGCUCCUGAGGAUCCUCUGGUUCGUACUGGUCGGCCGUUCGGCGGGAUGAUACGAGAUGCGAAGAGACGCUACCAGCACUAUGUGAGUGACUUCACUGAUGCCCUCAACGCUCAAGUUCUCGCCGCUAUCAUCUUCAUCUACUUCGCUGCCCUGUCCCCUGCCGUCACCUUCGGAGGAUUGCUAGCUGAUAAGGUGGACAACAUGAUGGGUGUGUCUGAGCUCCUGAUCUCCACCUGUGUCCAGGGAGUCAUUUUCUGCUGCAUCGCAGCCCAGCCCGUCCUGGUCAUCGGCUUCUCAGGCCCACUUCUGGUGUUUGAGGAGGCCUUCUUUGCCUUCUGUAAGUCUCAGGACAUUGAGUACAUUGUGGGGCGUGUGUGGGUGGGCGUGUGGCUGGUGGUCAUCGUGGUGCUCAUCGUGGCGUUCGAGGGCAGUUUCUUGGUCCGCUUCAUCUCCCGCUUCACCCAGGAGAUCUUCUCCAUCCUUAUCUCCCUCAUCUUCAUCUACGAGACCUUCGCCAAGCUGGGCAGGAUUUUCAAGGCCCACCCAUUGAUCCUGAACUACGACCACCUCAACAACACGGUGGAGGACCCAUGGCACCCAGUGGUGAUCCACAACCACCUGUAUGACAACAGCACGGGAAACACCACCACCACAGUCAACAUCCUGGACCGGGCCUACCCCAACACGGCCCUGCUCUCCAUGUGCCUCAUGUUUGGAUGCUUCUUCAUCGCCUUCUUCCUGCGCCAGUUCAAGAACGGGACCUUCCUACCUGGAAAGAUCCGACGCUUGAUUGGGGACUUUGGGGUGCCCAUUGCUAUUUUCUUAAUGUGUGUUGUGGACAUCAACAUAGAGGAUGCGUACACCCAGAAACUGGUCGUACCCAAGGGUCUGACGGUGUCAAACCCUGCUGCCAGAGGUUGGCUCAUCAACCCGUUUGGCGAACACAAGGCUUUCCCCGUGUGGGUCAUGUUCGCUUGCUGUGUGCCCGCUUGUCUCGCCUUCAUCCUCAUCUUCCUAGAGUCCCAGAUCACCACUCUGAUUGUAAGUAAGCCGGAGAGGAAGAUGGUCAAGGGAUCCGGCUUCCAUCUGGACCUUCUCAUCCUGGUGGGCAUGGGUGGGUUUGGUGCCAUUUUUGGCGUACCAUGGCUGAGUGCCACUACCGUGCGUUCGGUUACCCACGCCAACGCCCUCACCGUCAUGAGCAAGGGGCCCAAACCGGAGAUCGAGAAGGUUGUGGAGCAGAGGGUCAGUGGGAUUCUGGUGGCUCUGCUCGUCGGUCUGUCCAUUCUCAUGGAGCCCAUCCUGAAGAUGAUUCCGAUGACGGCUCUGUUCGGGAUCUUCCUCUACAUGGGAAUCACCUCGCUCAACGGGAUCCAGUUGUGGGAUCGCAUUCUGCUCCUGCUCGUCCCCAAGAAAUACCACCCAAACGAGCCCUACGCCACCAGGGUGUCAACGGGCAGGAUGCACCUAUACACAGCCAUCCAGGUGGUGUGUCUGGCAGUGCUGUGGAUCGUCAAGUCCAGCCCGGCCUCCCUGGCCCUGCCCUUCGUUCUCAUCCUCACUAUCCCCCUCCGCAUGGCCAUGACCGGACGCUUCUUCACCGAGCUGGAGAUGAAAUGUUUGGACGCCGACGACGCUAAGGUGACAUUUGAGGAGGAACCUGGACAGGAUGUCUACAAUGAAACUCAGAUGCCAUUGUAAACAUCUGGACCUGCCAUUUUUAUCCAAAAGCCCUUUAUUUUAUUUAUCUGACAUGACAAAGUAUUUUAUUAGGAUUCUUGUUUUUGUCUACUACCAUAUGAACUGACAUAUAUAUAUUUUGGAGUGUUUUUAAACCAUCAUGAAGCCCAAAUAGUAGGUUAUGACCAUUAGAUUUCAAAUAUAAGAAAUUGUCAGUUAAGGAAAAUUAUUUUUUAAAGAGUUGAAUAUAUCUUCUGUAUAUUUGCCUAUUUAUUUCCAGUCAAACAUUCCUGCAGCCAUAUAUGUGUGUAUUUAUGCAGCAAACAGCUCUUGCCACCAUGAUAAUACUUUGGCCUAUGAUAGUGUGUUAAUUACCCUAUUGACUUUCCACCUUUGUAAAGCCUUUAAUAAGGUUUUGACUUAGAACUAUUAUCUUGCAAAGAAUUGUAGAAGAAGGCUUUAUUCCAUAUAAGAAUAAUGUUUUGCACGUCUGCCCACCAUUAUGGUAAUUUUUUAACAGUUGAGCUGAAAAGCAGACAGCUGUAGACUGAGGCCAUAUCAGUGUCAAUAUCGUUCACAUUUUUAAAGGAGUUUUAUCCAUGAAUGACAAACCUACCAUAUGACUGAAGAAGCAAAAUCACUCAAACUUGCCUUUCGAAUAACUUUUAGGUAUUGUUUUACGUAUUGAUAUGAAAUACCAUGGAGAUGGGAUAAAUUCUUAAAAUGCUUUUAUUUUAAUGUUAAGCCCCUGGGGAUUGUGGAAUGUUAUGGAUUUAAAUAUUGUAUAAAAUAGAUUUGAACAAUAGAGCUAGCAAGCUUGUAGUCCUAAAAACGGAAAUGAAUAACCUCUGGUUUGUUAAGCCAUUCCAAUGGGGAAAUUAAUGGGGAAAGAAUGGGGUUUUGGGAUAAAUGUUGAAAAAAAGUCUGAGGAGAUCAAAUAAGUUUUGUUCUAUGAGAUAGUAUCAGUCAGUUAGCAUGACAUUUAUGAAUUAUGAAGCCUUUAUGUGCUGUAUGUGGUGGUUUUGAUUACAUAAAUGCUUCAACAUUCACAAAACAAUACGUUAGCAGAUGAAGAUUAUCUCAUGGAACAAAACGUUAAGAUCUCCUAAACCUGUGUUUACCACAGACCUUAUUUUCAGCGUUUAUCCAAAAACCCUUUAAAAUAACCAUUCAUUUUCGCAUAGACUUUGGCAAACGAAAUGUGGUGGUUAGUGCCUACAGAAAGACACCAUUACUACUAUCUAUAUGUACAUACAUCAAGGCUAAAAUCAUAAAUUAAAAGUAUAUUUGAAGAGAGGAUGGAGGGAUGCAUAGGGUGUGUUUAAUGAAACUUUUUAUUGAUAGGUCUGACAGUGUUUCUUUGUUGUUGUGAUCUCUUCUCAACAUCAAUUAAAUGCUUUAAAAAUAUAUAUAUAUAUAGUGAUUUCACUUUUUUUGUAUUCGUCACUAAUCGGUUGCCGUCGGUAAACGCACCCUUUCGUCCACCUGAUUGGUUACUUUGCACUGACCCGCUCAUACUUUUAAAUUGUUUAAACACGGACAUAUGAGAGAAGGCCAUUUACAUUGGCAGGGGUAUGUUAGAUAUGGCGUCCCUUAAUGAAGCAAGAAAGAGAUUUCACAGCGGAAAAUUUUAAUAUUUUCACAAGGAUUCGUUUAAUUGGAUUUCGGAGGAGGAAUGGAGGGAAAAUUGGAGGUUGAACAGAAAGAGGGAGUCAGAGGUAGAAUCUGUUGAAGAUGGCAGAAAAGAGGGAGGAGGUGUAUCGUAGAAGAUUGGUGUCAAGUGCAAACAGUGAUCCCUACACCAGACCGAGUUCUGGGGGUGAAAUGAAAGUGAAUGAGGGUGAGUUAAGUGAGGUGGAAAGUGUGGUGAAGACGGAGCCUAAUCCAUUUGUGGUUUCAGGGAGGAUGGGGAAGGAGUUUGUUUGAGUUGAAUGAGCGUGGAAUUAUGAUAAACUCAUUUUUUUUCUUCAAAACAGGUUGUAAAAGCAUGCUAGACAUUUAUAGAAUAAAUCAUACCUAGUUUGAUUUUGUGACAAACGGUGAAUUAGUUAUUGAUUUAUACAACUUUAAAUUGCAUUUUAAAGAUUGUGUGUAUUUCCAUCAACUGGAUUUUUUAUUUUUUAAUUCAAAACAAAGGUCUAGCAUACUUUGACAACACUUACAGAAUAAACCAUAUCAAUUUUUAUGUUUCUGUGACAAUCAAUUAAAUAGUUAUUGAUUUUUA